GCGCGGUGCGGAAGUGGCCCGUAGGGCAGGGCGCGCGCUCAUUGCUGCAUAUAAACCAACACGGACUUCCUCAAACUCACUUUGCAUCGAAGCAGAGACGCAUUCAGAUCUAAAGCAGCAGUCAUGAGCUGGGACAGCUACAUCAGCAGCCUGACCAAGAGCGAAUGGGUGGAUGAUGCGGUCAUUCUCGGUACGACACCGGGUCAGGAGUCCGUUUGGGCUUCGGCGCCGGGCGGCUGGCUCAGCCAAGUCACGGCAGGAGAGGUUCAGGCUAUGAUAGCUGGUGACCGUGGGUCUCUGUUUGCCAAUGGUGUGACUCUGGCUGGCAGAAAGUGCACAGUGUUGAGAGACGCUCUGAAUGUGGACGGCCAGCACACCAUGGACAUCAAGAUGAAGACCUCAGAGAAAGAGCCCGACCCUUUUUCAUUCACCAUCGGCAGAUCUCAUAAAGCGGUAAUCAUUGCUAAAGGAGUAAAAGAUGCUCACGGAGGGAAAAUCAACCCACUCGUUUUUGACAUGACUGCAUACCUCAGGAAGAUGAACAUGUGAACAAGCCCCGCCCCCUGCCCUACUUACUCCGCCCACUUUACCACUUCAUCUGUCGGCCAUCUUCAGGAAUCCAUUCCAGAAGCCAGAAGAACAGAUCCAAGAUCAAACAAACUUCAUCAUCAUCAUCAUCAUGUCCGUUUUAACAUUCCAGGAGUUUGAGAUCUUGUUUCUCCUCGUCAUCUCUCCAGUCAGGCAGUGGAACGCAAACUCUAGUUUAUAUCAAACUCAUUUAUAGUUUUAUCAUUAAUUAAUUGAUUGACUUACGGUACUAUAGUAUUUUCGCUGUUUCGGACGGGCGGAGCGUCAAGUCAAACGGUUUUCCUAUUUGAUUGUAUGAUUGUUUGUGUCAAAUCCUGCUGAACAAACCCCAGAUUCUGACUGUUAGAUGCCAAAUAAAGAGAGAAUGAGUUUCUGUGGA